AAGGGACCCACCCAGCCACUACCAGAAGCACUUAUUACUAGUAUUCAGUACUCAGCCAGAGAGACAAGACAUCAAAUCAAAUACCUUGAAAUCGAAAUCAAAAUCUAGUACUUACUCAAUUCAUAUAUUCUUCUCUUUACAUUCAUGCUAUGCUUUCUUCUUCUACUUCUUCUUCUUAACUGUUCCAAGUUCAAAUUCAAACAGUACUGAACCACCAGCUACUAAUGUUCAAAACAUGCAGAUGAAGAAGAUGAAUGUUUCCCAAAAAUCACCUCUGUGUUCCAAUCCCCUCAAAGAAAGCCAGCUCAAACACUGCAACAGCUUACCCUCCAAAGGUGACACCAUUCAAAUCAAUGACCAUGACAACAACAACAACAAGGAAAACACGAAUAACAUUAAUGGGUCUUCUUCUUCUCUUCCAAAGUCCAAAUCUUUAUCCACAGACAGGGUUCUUAAACCCUCCUCACUCCAGUUCUGCAUGAAAAUGAACGACCCUCUUGAUUCCCACCAUUCCUCCACCACCUCUUUGAAUAUCUGGGACUUCUCUGACUCUGAAGCAGCUCCUGCUUCCUCCUGGUCCACUUUGCCCAAUAAGUCUUUGAUCUGUAGACCCUUGCCUGUAGAUAUUGGAAGGUGUACAUGUGUGAUUGUGAAGGAAGCUACGCCACAAGGACUAUCUGGGGGCACUUUCUUCUCUCUUUACACCUAUGAAGGCCAAGGACGGCAAAAUAGGAAACUAGCCGUGGCCCUACACAAGCGGCGGAAUGGGAGGUCUCACUUCACCGUGGCUCAGAAUUUAAAAGGACUCAUGUCCAAUUCAGAUGAGAGUUUCCUUGGGACGGUAACUGCUAACCUCAUGGGCUCAAAAUACUGCAUUUGGGAUCAGGGACAUCGUCACCGUUCUCAUAGUAAACAACCAAAGCUACCUCUUUCUGUUGUGAGGUAUAUACCUACAAUAGCAACAUGCACUGGAAGUCACAGAAGCAUGAGAGCAUAUAUACCAAAGCAUCAAUCUAUGUCACUGAAGAACACCACCCAGGCACAACAUAUUAAAGGAUUGCCAAUGAAUUGGGAGGGGAAAUUGGACAAAGUCCAUCAACUAUUCACAAGGGUUCCACUGUACAACAAGAUUUCAAAACAACUUGAGCUUGAUUAUAGAGAUAAAGGAAGGCCAGAACUUAGAAUUCAAAGAUCCGCGAAAAACUUUCAGCUGACCCUAGAGGAGAACGGGAAGCAAACAAUCCUACAGCUAGGGAGGGUGGGAAAAUCAAAAUUUGUGAUGGACUACAGAUAUCCUUUGACAGGUUACCAGGCGUUUUGUAUGUGCUUGGCUUCCAUUGAUGCAAAGCUGUGUUGCACUGUAUAGUAGGGAAUUUCUGCUACUACACACAAUUGGUUCAACCUCUGAACUGAAGAAUGAAGAUGACUUUUAAUAAGGGAUACAAGAUUUUAGGGUGCUUCUGCGAGGUGGAUUGUAUGGUUGAGUAGGGGAAUCCAUUGUGGGGAUUUUGUGGUUUUCAUUUUUCAUUAUUCAAAAGAAAAUGAAGAUUUUGGGGAGGUAUUUGGUGUCUCAAAUUUUCAGCUGGGAAAAUGUCAGUCUCAUUAAAAAGUGAUUGUGUAAACCAUUGUAUUCUUAUGAUCACAUUACUUCAAGUGUCUGGUCUUUGCACACAAAUCAGAGAAGUUGUCGACUUCAAGUAUUUGUUUCUAAAGAUCCUUUUAUGUAAUCUACUGUGUUGUUCAAUACAAUGUGAUCAUUUUUAA